CAUGACCAGGUUGCCUCAUACACAAGCUCACCAUCUUUUCAUAAUCCAAAGAACUUUCCUUCUCUGUUCUUGCAUCUUUGUUCAAUAAUUAAGAAACCCUGGGAGUAGAGUUUUCUCUGUUUUUUUUUUUUUUUUUUUUCUCUUUUUCUUGUACAAAGUGUUGUUUUAAAUAAGCUUAGACUACAUUGGCAAGGGGAGAGAGAUGAUGGAUUACUAUGAGCUUGCUGCUAGGUCUUCUUACCAAGAGUCCCUUAAGGUUCUUGAGGCUGAUAUCCACCACGCUAAUGUGUUGGCAGCUUCUAUACCAAGAGGCAAGAAUGGUUCUUGUCUGCAAAUGAAACUGGUUUACAAUCACUUGGCACCCAUUUGUCUGCUGUUACUCCAGUGGAUGGAUUGUUCAUGUACAUGUCUACUUUCAAGUUAUUUAAAUCUUCUCCACAUAGUCUUAUAUCAGGUAUGCUCUGAUGGGACACCAAAUAUCUCUUCAUGUAGAAGGAAAGCAACCAUUAGAGAAUUCUAUGCUGUUAUAUUACCAUCACUUCAACGUCUCCACUGUGAUUCAAUGGAGUUGGAUAUGGCUAAGGAAGAAGGUACUGCAGAGGUGGUUGUUAAAAAGAGACUAGAGGAAAGGAGGAAACUCACGGAUAUGGAUAUAGAGAGGGAAGAUGAAUGUGGGAUCUGCUUGGAGCCUUGCACAAAAAUGGUAGUGCCAAGCUGUUGCCACACAAUGUGCAUCAACUGCUACCGUGACUGGAAUACAAGAUCAGAAUCUUGCCCAUUUUGCCGGGGAAGUCUGAAAAGAGUAAACUCAGGUGACUUGUGGGUUCUUACAUGCAUUAAGGAUGUGGUUGACUCUGAAACUGUGUUAAGAGAGGAUAUGUUAAGAUUCUAUCUCUAUAUAAACAGCUUGCCUAAGGAUAUCCCUGAUGCUUUAUUCUUGAUGUACUAUGAAUACCUUAUCUAAGCUUGCAUACUAGAAGAUUGAUGUACAGAGGAAAAAUGCUGACCAACGCGUACAAAUCUGGUGAGCUUUUCAUGUUAAAAUUUUCAUCUUCACUUGAUAAUUGUUCAGAAUAAUCUAUGCUCAACUGGGCACAUUUACCACAAACAAUGCUUCUUGCAUUCUAGUGAGAAGCUAAUUAAAUGGGUAUUGGUUGAUUGAUGCGUUGAAUAGUUAAAGCCAAGUCACAAGGAUUCAUUAAAUUAUCAUUCCCAACAGCAAUUUAUGUGAUUUAAUAUCAAGACGUGCUGCCUUCGGUUAUCCUGUUUAUGAUGACGCACACGUUCUGUUCACUCAUGAAAAAUUGUUUUCAUUAAAAUGGUUUUAUAGUUUUCCAAAUUUUAAGCAGAUUUAGAAAACAGUCUUUUGUUGUCUCCCAAAUUUUCAGCUCUGGGAAACAGUUAUUCGGUUUCAGCAUGCAUUCUUCAUUCUCCUUAAAAGAAAUGAAUUGGAAGCUGUUUUUCUGAAACUAAUUGCAACGACAGAAGACUUCAUUCUUUCUUUGCAUGUUAAUCUAAGAGAGUUGGCAAUUGGGUGUUUAUGUUUUCAGAGGAUUCAGUUUUGUGUGUAGAGAUGUUUCAAUGUUAAGAUUGUGACACUUGUCUUACAUGAGAUCCAUUAGACAAUUACUGUGUGGCUCAUGUGGAAAGGAUUUCUUUUGUCAUGUAUGGAAGUGGGAAAGCUUUGUGAACCAUUCUCUACUUAGAAAGUGAUCUAGAAGGCCUUCACCAAUGUAUCUGACAUUUGAACAUUAUAUCUAUACCUGCCAAGGAAGUAGUUGAAAGUUAUAUUUUCCUUAAAUAAAUUGUUGGCCUUUCCCUCCUCUAAUAGGGUGGCUUUAUUUUA